CCCGCCCUCAGGCCGGGCUUAGCCCCACCCGGUUUCGUGGGGCUUCCUGGAGUCAUCUGUCCCCCUUUCUUCCCCCGGCUGCUCUCCAGGCUCGAGGAUAACCGAGGCGCGCGCCUGCAGGAACCCUAAGCUGACAGAUGCGCGUCGAGCGCUGUUCCCAGUGGGAGGAGAAGGGGUGUGUCCAAAUGAGAGCGGGGGCGAUCGUUUCCUUGAUUAUCCACGAAGCCCCUGUCGGAGUACUGUUUAAUUUUAGUAGCAAACUUUCCUUAGCAUGCCGAAAUUAUACGACUUGGUUUACCCAAUACUGGGUGCAUUGGACCAGCUUUUCCGAACAUCUGGUGUAGGAGGUGGUGGACAUUUGUGUCCAUGAUAGGCUUACAUCUAGACCUCCAGAGCCAGAAGGAUAAAAGCACUCCGGGGAAAAUCAGGUUUUUAGAAAUCAGAGCCACAAAAGAAUAUUCUCAGUGGCGAAAAGUAAUCGGUAAAAUUUGUUACAUGGUCAGAACAACAACAACAACAAAAAGCUCAGACUGAUGGGUGUCCUCAUGACUUCCCCUGCAGACCAUGUCUAUGAUCCUUUUUGCCUGUGUGGUGAGGGUGAGGGAUGGACUGCCCCUCUCGGCCUCCACUGACUUUUACCACACCCAGGAUUUUCUGGAAUGCCGGAGACGGCUCAAGACUUUAGCCUUGCGACUGGCCCAGUACCCAGGUCGAGGUUCUGCAGAAGGACGUGACUUCAAUAUACAUUUUUCUUCUUUGCGGGAUGUGGCUUGCAUGGCUAUCUGCUCCCGCCAGUGUCCAGUGGCCAUGGCCUUCAGCUUCCUGGAGACCGUGUGGUGGGAAUUCACAGCUUCCUACGACACCACCUGUAUUGGCCUAGCCUCCAGGCCGUACGCCUUUCUCGAGUUUGACAGUAUCAUUCAGAACGUGAAGUGGCAUUUUAACCAUGUAAGUUCCAUUCAGAUGGAGAGCAGCUUGGAAAAAAUUCAGGAGGAGCUGGAGUUCCAGCCUCCAGUGGUUCUCACUCUGGAGGACACGGAUGUGGCAAAUGGGCUAAUGAACGGUCACACACAGAUACACUUGGAGCCUGCUCCUAAUUUCCGAAUGGAACCAGUGACAGCCCUGGGGGUCCUCUCGCUUAUUCUCAACAUCAUGUGUGCUGCUCUGAAUCUCAUCCGUGGGAUUCACCUCGCAGAACAUUCUUUACAGGUUGUCCACGAGGAAAUUGGAAAUAUUCUGGCUUUUCUUAUUCCUUUUGUAGCCUGUAUUUUCCAGUGUUAUUUGUACCUGUUCUACAGUCCAGCCAGGACUAUGAAGGUGGUGUUCCUGCUGCUCUUUAUCUGCCUGGGCAACAUGUACCUGCACGGGCUGCGGAACGUCUGGCAAAUCCUCUUCCACAUAGCGGUGGCUUUUCUGUCUUCGUAUCAGAUACUGACCAGGCAGCUUCAGGAGAAGCAGUCUGACUGCGGAGUUUGAAGGCGACGCUGUAUGACAAAUGGAUCCUUUGGCUUUCUCAGGAGGGUCGUCUCUGUUUCCCUUCUGGCUUCUCGACUUCACCUCAAGUUUCCACCCUUGAAGUUCCCUUCAACCAAACCAGGCCGAGCCCGAGAAAUUGGGGGAUUUUUAACAGGUGCAGUGGAAGGCAGGAGGUGGCUUGAGACCCAGGCCCGGUUUUGUGCUGAGCGUUAUGGCCGAAUCUCCAGGUCCGCACCUCUCCUUAGGUGAGAAUCUGGGGGCUCACUCCCAAGGACCAUUAUUGGAAGAUCAGAACGGAAUUGUUUUGGAUGACGCAAUAAAGCACGAGAUUCAAUAACACUAGUUUUAGUAGCUGGCGGUUGUCUCUGAGGAAACUUACUUUAAAACCCAUAUCAGCUUUUCAGUCUAAAUGUGACUUGGUUAGUUUUUUGUAGAGGGUCAGUACAGGGUGAAUUAAAGAUUUCAAAAUAUGGCUAAGAAAUAUAAGCUAGAUAAAUUUUGUUUACAUUUUUUGAUAACUUAGUCCGAUAUGAUACCUUUAGAAUAUUUAAAUGUAUUUUGGAUAUAAAUUGUGAACUUAUCUUCAUUUAGGGAAAGGACAAACUUAAGCUGAGAAAAUGGUUAAGAAAGCUGAAUUUAUUUAAUUUAUAUAUAACUUUUUAUGGUGGUGGGGCUGUGUGGGUACAGAAAUGUUUUGUAUUUAUCUGCAGGGUAUAUCUGAAUAUUUUAAAAAUUGAGUGACCAGUGUUACUGGAUCAUAGCUUAUGAGUAUGAGCCUGAGCUUAUAAGCCUGAGAAUUUCAGGAUUCUUUGCAGUGGGCCACAGACCGGAGUAGGUGAAUCACAUAGAUUCACAUAGUGGCACUUUACAGAUGCAGGUGGUAUUGAAAAAAACAAAAACAAAAACUAUUGUCAUCAGCCUUGUACAUGGCAGCCGAGUGCCUGUCAUUUUAAUGAUGAUCAAUGCCUGACCCUGUGUACCUGUUCCCAGAAGCCCUCCCAAAUUAAUUACUCCUCGACACCUUUCCCAGUCAUCAUAAUUAGAUCGAGGGCCUCAUUCUUUAUGAACAGGAGUUAAGUAGGUGUUAACUUUUUUAAAGCUUCAUAGAGAUAUAACUAACCCUGUGCUCUGCAAAGUUACUUUUCUUGCCUCAUUGUCAAAAUAGUUGAUUGAUCACAGCUUUCCGAAAUGGGGCUCUAAAUAAGAUCCCUUAGGUCUCCAGAAAUUUCAGCCUGGGUUGUCCAGUACCAUUCAGGAGGCCAUUUUCCGAGCUUGCCCUUUGGAUUCUUCUUGGUAGAAAUCUGGAAUCUGAAUAGCUCAACUGCAAUUGCAUGGGAUUUUGGGUUGAAUUAUGUGGUCUUGAUAAAUGAAAAAAUCCCACUUUGAUAGUUUUUAAAAGUUGAAAACCAUUGCAAGAGUUAGUAAGUACGUGGGGAAAGCAAGAAUAUUAUUUUAGGGAAUUCAGUUGUACUUGGUUGUAUACUGUUAGUGCAUUGCUAUUGAGCUACUUGAUGUCACUUUAAGAAAAACAAGUUCAUGUGACUGGCAACUGUUGGGAAAAUGUUGCUGCAGUCAUUUUAUUUUCUUAUAAUAUAGUUUUCUAUUUUUAAUCAAACAGUAUCUGGAUGUGAAAGAUAUAUUGGCACCAUCCUCAGAUGUCAAGUUCACAGUUGUCUCUCCUUUGAUUCUGUAUCUGCAUAAUCUUCUGCAUACCCAGCAGGUGAAUCUAAAGGCUUUCUGGGACAUAAUUUUGAAGAGAUGGUAAAAUAGAAUGGGAAGCCAAGGAAGGGACACAAAUCCUUGUUAACAUUAGAAGCACCAAAAAAAAAAAAAAAGGCUUUAAAAGUUGGUAAGAACAGCUUACAAGUGAAUUGUGGGUUUUUUUUUUUUUUUUUCUUUUUUCAAGCCCUUGUGUUACUGGUGUUGCCGUGUAGCCCUGUACCCCAGAUGCAAUUGCUCUUGGGGUUGAGCCUGUGAUCCACAUCCAGCAGACCCUGAAGAGGAGUCCCUCCUGGUGAAUGCUUCCUACACCAGCAGGGAGGUUAUCUACACUUGGUUGAAUGUGGUUGUCAUCAGUUAGCAUCUACAUGGGGUUUGAGAUUGAUUUUUGCAAACAAAAAGGAAAAGAUGCACAAACAGUACAAAACAAUGACCACAUAAACAUUGCUUAACUAGAAUCCAGCUGAAAGAAGCCUCAGCUCACUGGAGGAAGAGACAAGUGAUAGGAAAGAAGUUCUGGGAAUAUUGUCCAAGGGAAAUCCCAGGCUGGUUUAGGCCUGAAAUUUUGUGCCGCCCCCCCCCCCCCCCCGUGUCAUCCUUGAUGCCAGAAAGCUGGCCCCCCAUCGCAGGAGUUAUCCUCACUACCCCACAGACUCAUUGCUGUUCUAGCACUUUGUUUUCCCAGGGGUUCAAUGCUACCUGCCCAACUGACCUCGCAGGGGUAGAUAUGGGAAUAGAUGAAAUCAUGUUGGAAACAAACCUUCAAAGUGCCUUCUGGGAUCAGAUGCUGCAAGAUCUUAAUAUCAGAGUAUGUUAUUCCCAUCUACUGUAUCGGGCUGGGAAUGUGGCUCAGGGCUCUUGACCAGGGUUUCCCAACCAAGGGGCCAAGGCCCAAAGGGUUUUCCCUUCCCCAAGUAUGCUGGUCAAAGAAACACGCAGACUCUGGUUUUCAUUUCCCUAGACUAGCCUUACUGCGAUGAGGAUCGUUCCUGAGUUUCUUUUUCCUGGGUGGAGACAACCGGGGGCAUAUCUGGGGUGGCACUUCCUCUCAGUACGGGAGACCCCACCGCCGGCAGCAGAAGGAAUGUGACCGGAGGCUUCUGGUUUUGCUUCUCAGGCUUGCACUCUUACUACCUGUAAACUCUGUUGCAGGCAUCGUGAGGCAAGGCCCACCACUUUAAAGCUCCUUAAGGGGUCGGCCAAAGGGUGUCAAGAAGAGUGCUGAAAUUCAAACAUUCAGCCUCAUUUCCAUCACCUCACCUGGAGCUCCCUGUUCCUUUCCUAGGUGCCCCCAUUCUCCAAGACUCCUCUGCCUCUUUCAUGUCUGUCCCACACAUUCCAGCCCUGGACACAGAGGCUGAACCUGGAAUCUCUGGAGGGAUGAGAAAGCCAUCUUUGAGUGUAGUUGCUGGGUGGGUACAGGAGCUUCAGAGUGGGGGCAGACUGCACUGAGGCCUGGCUCUCUUCCCCUUUGCCCCUGGGAGCUUCAGCACACACUUAGGAGUCCACGCUCAGAGGGGAGUAGCACUUUGGUGCUCAGAGUCAAAGAUGACACCCAGCAGGGCCAGCUGUUGGGGGCGUGGAAAGCAGGAGACAGAUGGGAAGCAGAGCCGGGGGCAUGUUGGGGCCGCAUGCGGCACCAUCCAGGGCUGCUAUUUGCUGUUCCUUGAAGGAGUCAGCCACUCAUUGUAACAUGCAGGACGGGUGGCCCUUAGGAGCCUGCUGCCAUGCGUGCCCAGAGCAGCACAGGUGAGGACCAGUAGGCGUGGGAGUGUUUGCGGGGACAGAUGUGCGCCCCUGUUCUGGUGUGGCUUGCAUUCCAGAUGUUCCUGCACAGAAUCUUGCCCAGGGACGGGGAAGCUCCACUGUGCACUGUGUUAAUAAUGGUGGAGGAAGAGAGAGGAGAUGUGCCCGUGAGAGAUCGGGGAGGCCUGGAGAUCAGCUUGACUCUUCCACUCAGCCCUGCGAGUCAUGCCCACGGGCCUCAGUGUCCUCAGCUGGGCAGUUCCCCCGGCAUGCUCUCAUGAGGCUAAAAGCCUAGUGGAGGAGAGUACUGGGUGAAUCCCUUGGUCGCGGGCAGGAGGAGAAAGACUUUCACCCGAUACAAGGAGGUCCGUACUUAAGGCAGCACGGUGUGGCCGUGUCUUCCAGGUGUUACAAAAAUGGGCAUUUUAUCAAGACUGCAAUGUAAAUGGACUCAUUCUUUCACUCUGGAAAGGAAGUGGCCUCUCUUUCUCCUCCUUGAACCUGCCUCCUGCCCUCCAGUCCCAGAACUCUUGGUACCAUUGGCGUUGGGCCCUCCAGGGUCCAGGGAGGCCGGUUCUGUGGGUCCGUUCCCGACCCAAAUGAGGAGAGCUCUGAUUCUCCCAUCUGGGAGCAGUGACAUCAGACUUCUGUUUCUGGGGAAACGUCUUGGCAGGGAACCUGUGGAAAAGGGCUCGUCGGUGAGGUCUGGGAAUGGCCGGAUAUGGAAACAUCUGCCCAUGUGUACUGAUGGCAGAGCUGCUGCCCACAAGCGCCUUUUAUUUAGGGUAAAAUGGUCAAAUCCAUUGUUCUAACCUGUGCUUGGUACAUAUGACCUUCUUUAACCCUCGGGUGAUCCCAGGGUUAGUUACUUCAGAAGUAUUAUUUCAUGAAUUAUUCAUAUGACUUGACCCCCCAGAAUUCUGUUUUAUUUAAUAGACUUUUCUACUAAGAGCAUAAAAGGUUGCGGCUGAUUUAGCCAGGGCAAAACCAUUGACUUCACAUAUUUGUUUUGAACGCUUGCUGUCCAUGUUGUACAAGCUUCUUACUGUUUUCAUGUAAUAACAAAGAUCUAUUUUGAAUAAAUGAUGAGUAUGUUUUAACAGACUCUCACACAGUAGUAAAGCCUAAACUCGUGUUAACGUAUGUAAAGAAUAUUGUAUAGCCAUUUAUAUACCAUGUAUAUAUAAAUCAAAUAAGGUGGCUUCAGAAGUGAGAGAAUAAAUCUAAGGUGCUUAUUAA